CCCUUGACUGUCUCCUUCAGCACUGGCAGACGCAGCUGAACCUCCACCGAGCUGGCCGCUGUCCUUGCAGUACCGGGGGCUAAACAGGGACCUUGCAAUGAUCUCGCUGGAGUUCAAUUUCAACAUUUUGACCAGAGAUCUGUCACAUUAUCUGGAAAAUCAAGUCAAAGUUGGACUGUUUGGCUCCGGAGUGGGAUUGUCUCUGGUGCUGGGUUUUAGCGCAGCGUACACCUGCUACUAUUUGAUUUCAGUAGCAAAGAAGCCACAGCUCAUCUCAGGGGGCAAGAAGUUCUACCAGUUUCUGAGGGAGCAAUGUCCUGUAGUGUCAGAGACCUACUACCCCACCUUCUGGUGCUGGGAAAGCCGUAUACAGACUUUGCUGAGACCCUUCGUCACAGCUAAACCCGGUGUCGUCUACAGGAAUGAGCUUAUUAAGGCAGCAGAUGGAGGACAGAUCUCUUUGGAUUGGUUUGACAACGACGACAGUGUCUCUCAUCCCGACCCUUGCAGCAGGCCCACUGUCCUCCUUCUCCCUGGUCUGACCGGCACCAGCAGAGAGUCCUACAUUCUGCACAUGGUCCAACAGAGCCGGGAUCUGGGCUAUAGAUGUGUGGUGUUCAACAACAGAGGGGUUUGCGGUGAAACUCUCCUGACUCCAAGAACAUACUGUGCUGCUAACACGGAGGAUCUGGAGGCUGUCCUUGAACACAUCCAGAGGACCAACGAGGCUGCUCCGAUCAUGGCUGCCGGCGUAUCCAUGGGCGGGAUGAUGCUGGCUAACUAUUUGGGGCGCAAAGGCCGGGAAACCUGCCUCAAAGGGGUGGUAGUCUUCUCAGCAGGCUGGGAUGUUUUCGAGUGCACCGCAUCGCUGGAAAAACCCCUGGACCGUUUCCUCUUCAACUCCUACCUCACCAGCUGCCUACAAGCCUCUGUGCACAGACACAGACCCGUGCUUGAGAAGUGUUACGACAUUGAUCAUGUCAUGAAGGCAAAGACCAUUCGAGAGUUUGACGAGAGGUUCACCUCUAUAAUGUUCGGUUAUCCUACCAAUGACGACUACUACCACGAUGCCAGUCCUGUCCACAGGCUGAAAUCUGUGCAGGUGCCAAUGCUGUGUCUGAAUGCUGCUGAUGAUGUCUUUUCCCCUUCUCACGCCAUUCCCGUGGAGGCAGUGAAACAGAAUCCUAACCUGGCCCUGCUCAUCACCUGUCACGGGGGCCAUAUUGGUUUCCUCGAAGGCCUGUGGCCUCGACAGAGCACUUACAUGGACCGAGUGUUUAAGCAGUUUGCUAAGGCCGUCAUCGAACAAGGCAGCCGACUCCAGGACCUCUCCUGAUAAGAGAACACCUUACCUCCUCCUCUUUCUCCUCCUCUUCUUCUUUCUUGCCUUGUUCCUUUCUCUUAACAGUUCCCGUCCAUUCUUUAGUUUCUACAUCUUUCAUACAUACUCGUCUAUUUAAUUCCAUCCCUCUACACUUUUUCCUUUUUUCCUCUAUACUUUUUCUGACCUUCUAUUCUCAUCUAUUUGAACCUUUUUCCUCUCCUUCCUACAUUCCAUCCAUCCUUAAUGCCUUCCUUCUCCACCUAAUCGCCUUCAGCUUUUGCCUUUAUCCUUCCUUCCACCUUCCCAUCUCUCUUUCCUCUAUCCCUCUGUCUGAACUUCUCUCUUUCUCUCUCUUCUGCCACAAGCAAAAAAGAAAAAUGUUCAGUAUCUCAUUUGAAGGGCACAUCUUGUUGAAUUCAGCAUGUGUUUUUGCUGCAUUCGAUAUUAAUUUAUGUAUUCCUCCAUCCAACUAACAAGGCAUUGUAUGUAACAUGCACUCAAUGGAAUAUGCUUUUUAAAUAACAAGCAUAGCUCAAUCUGUGCCCGAUGGCUUUAGUUGCUUUAGCUAGCUACGAUAUUUACCUUGUGCAAUGAUUUUUUUUUUUUUUUUUUUUUUUAAAUUUGAAGCUAACAUAAGUACUGUACAUGGAAAUCCAGUCACCUUUGUUCAUCAGUAGAUUUUUAGCCCUCAGGGAUUUUCUUUAUUUACUCAUUUUCUUGUUUUGUUUUCCUUUAGUUUGUAUUUUUACUGCUGUCAUUUUAAAGGUAGAUGUUUUUACCGUUGCUCCUAUAGUAUCCAUGCUCCUAUGAAUCUGCUGUAUGCACUUUUAUUUUUACACAUUCUACCUUUUUAAACGCACCAAAUAGUUCUAUAAAUGUAAAAUAUGAAGAUAAUUAAUGACAAGGAAUGUGAAGUUGCACUAUUUUAGUUGGUACUGUCAUGCCUCUAAAUCCUUAAUGCAAGCCACUUCAUUUCAUUCUAUAUAUGAAGAUGUAUCCCAAAGGCUGGACAGAGCAGAACAAAAGAAUUCCAUGAGGUUUUCCUUGCGAUAAUGUCUGGUUUGUUUGUGUUUGUAAGUCUGAGGGUGCUUGAUACAGUGGUAUGAAUGAAGUAACGCACAUAGAAAAGGCAGAGGGCGUACACACUUGCUCUCUGAGGCUCUGGGUGUUGUUUUAUGAGAUGCACAGUAUCUUUAGUGGAAACCCAGCCGCGGGUCUGUCUGGCUUUUCCGCCAACGAUGACCGAGGGGCUGGCUACCGCAUAUGAGUUGGCGUCAAUGAUGAAAACAGGCAGAUCCGAGUGGCGGCCGGGCCUCCAGUAAUGCACUGCAUGAGGGAUUUCUUAAUCUCCUGUUCCUGUGGAAUUUCAGUGUCUGUUUGUUCUGCCAAGUGUCCAUUGAGUAGCAUGUGUGUCAUCGUCACCUCCCGAACCUUAAUGUCACUUCUGUAGCACAAAAGGUUUGUGUUUAUUUCAUAGGAUGCUGCAUUUCAUUUUGUACCCAAUGUGAAAAAUAAAUUUAAAAAAAAAUCAUUCUGUUCAACGUGCAGCAAUAAGAUUAAAAAAAAAAAAAACAA